AUGACAGUGGGCAGGACCCGAGACGGAGUCCCGACUUGGUCGGGGGAGCCUGCAACAUGGGAGGAGUACCGGAGGGCGGCACUUCUCUAUGUGCAGGCCACCAAGUGGGAGAGCCGUUACCUUUGUGGUCCGCGACUUGCCGCCGAACUCUCAGGAGCAGCCAAGGCAGCCGUCGCCAACAAGAAGGCAUCUUGGCUGGCAAGCGAUGAUGGCGUUCAGCGACUCCUUCGUCACCUUCAGGAAGUGGUUUCAGAGCCAGUGCUGCCAGAAGUGGGCAACGCACUGCGUGGCUACUUCAAGACGUUGCGGCGGAAGCGGGGAGAAACCAUCACCAGCUUCUGCAUUCGACACCGGGAGGAGUACGAGAAGGCUUGCCGCGCUCUGACUCGGAUGCUCCAAGAUCAGGGUUUGGCAAAGGACGGCAAGGUGUUGCCCAACAGUUUUGGCCGCCGAGGAAGUUGGCACGGCAGCGCGGCUGGGGCCAGUGCAGCCGGCACGCCACCAGACGACCAGGACGACGACCCUUGGCGGCACUACGGCUGGAACUGGUCUUCGUGGAGCGGACCUCAGUGGAGCGGAUCCUGGCGCGACAGCUGGUCGCAGGCCGACUGGCGUCGACAUGCCGACUCCGAGGACGAGGAGGAGAUGAUCGAGAUCCUCCCGGACGUGAUCAAAGGUUGGUUGCUGCUCGAGAAGGCAGGCCUUGACACCUUGGAGCGCUUGCAGGCCGUCGAGAACUCCUUGCGAGCACACUGGACAGAUGACCAGCUUCGUCGCCGCGACGGGACCGACAAGCACCAGGCCAACGGUGAUGACGAGCUCUUCGACGAGCCCCCGAACGAGUGGGCGGACGAGUACUUCGAGGACUGGGACCCCGAGACGGCAGCCCUCUUCCAGGAAGCGUGCCGUGAAGAACACGAAGCUUGGGCUCAGAUCCAAGAAGGCCGGCGCACCUUGCGGGAAGCCCGCGAGAAGCAGAGAGAGGUGCGUGUGGGCCGAAAGUUCUUUGGCCAGAAGGGCCGGGGAAAGGGCCAGCCUCGAGGGCGCUCUUCGAGCGGAAAGGGCCAUCAAGGAGGUGGCGGCGGUCCAUGUCUUCGGCGCGGGCUCGAUCAUCCGACUCGAAACUGCCCAAAAGGGCGGGACAGCAGGCAGGACAAGGCCAUGACCGCGGAGGAGCAGGCCGACCUCGUCUUCUACACCGAGACCACCCUCUUUGGCGAGCACGAGUACGAGAACGCGGCGUUGGCCUCGGAGAGCCGCGACGGAAAGAUGACCACGCAGGAGGCCAUGCGAGCUGGUUAUGGCGUGCUGGCCAGCCUCACCAACCAGGAGGUUGACAACGUGGUCUCUGUGGACACCUCGGACCAGCCGCGCUUCAACUUUGCCGACUCGGAGUCCGCUCGAUGUUCCUCGACAUGCUUGUUGCAGCUUCCCGUCAAGGAGUGUGGCGUCAAGCUGCGAGUACACGCGCGCGACAAAGGGACCGUUCCGGUCUUGCUCAGCGUCGACACCCUCAGGAGGAUGAAGGCCAUAGUCGACUAUGGCAAUGACCAAGCAGUUUUUGCGGGGAUCAAUUUCCAGAAGUGUGUCGCCUUAGAGACGACCACAACUGGUCACCAAAUUCUUCCGUUGGCCCAGGAUUUCAUGCAGAACAGUUUUCCUUUGAGCGAGCCAGUCCGAAGGAUUGGCGUCCCAGCCUCUGAGUGUGAGGCGAGUCAGGCAACAGGAGCUCGGGAGGAGAGGAAGGAGCGGGGCUUUCCCCGCGUGUGUCCGAACAUGUCCAGCAAGGAAGCCUCAGCCAAGACUCAGGGAGUGCCAACAUCAGGCAUCAAAGCAGCAGGAAUUCUGAACAAAGCAGAGUGCGAGACGGAACUUGCCUCCUUUGGCCAGGUGAUCCCAACCGGGAUGACCGUUCCAGAGCUCAGGAUCUGGGUCCGACAGGUCCGCGAGCAGCACGGCUAUGCCAGCUCCCGCACGAACCGCGACGAGCUCAUGGUGAAGAUCCAUCGAGCCAACCUCCGCGAGACGCAGGACUUGGCCAAGGAGAUGGGCGUGCCCUUUCCAAGCAAGGUCACCAUGGGCGAGAUCAAGAUCCGACUCCGCCAGGAGUACAUGACCACGGCCCCCUCGAACACCGUCAUCGACUUCGGCAAGCACAAGGGCCUGAGCUACGAGGAGAUCAUCAUCACCAAUCCGAGCUACAGCACUUGGGCGGUCGGCGAGUGCAUGAAGAAGGGCGAUGCGGACCAUCGCCUGGUCAUGUUUGCCUUCUGGAGCAUCCGCGAAGGACAUGUGCCGAAUCCGGGCGAGACCAACCCCGAACUCCUCAAAGCUGGCCUGGAGACCAUGGGCCCGCUGACGCUGCCGGUGUUGUUGUCCAAGAACCUGGAGUCGGAGCACAGCCCCGGGCACGAUUUGAGCCUCAAGCUGCGCGCUCACAAGACGAAGGGAUACGCCUCCGAGGCUGCUGGCGAGGAGGGGAUGAGCAAGGCCGAGAUGAUGAAGAUCAUCCAGGAUUUGCGCACCCAGGUGGAGAACCUGUCCCUUCAGAGCCAGGCCUCGGACAGCAAGAAGAUCCACAAGCCACCGGCUCCGGAGCGGCAGCAGGACAGCACGAUGG